CGUUGGACAGCCGUGAUUAACGGAUCAGACGCCGAGCAGAAUAAAAACCUUCAUGGAACUGGUUUAUUUACAUCAAAAUAUUAUCAUAUUUCAUUUUCUUUUUUUAAAAUCUUUUACUCUACUUUUGUAACGUUGACAUACUUUUUUGCUUUUCUUUACUAGAGAGCGGAGACUGUAGUUGUGUCCCGUUUCCGCUGCAAGCAUUGUUGAUAGCAAGAACAACACUAACGUGUUUUGUAUCUUUUGAUGGAAAUUUGGUAAAAUUGAAUCUAUUUUCACACUAGAUAUUCAUUUGUAUAUUAUUAACAGAUUAACGGAUGACAUUGGCACAAAACAACUUUUGUACAUUGGAUACAUCUGGAAUAUUUAUCAUGUUUUAAAGACUAACAGAAAAUGUUUUAUGGAACCAAUAAUAACACUACUGCUACAAAUCCAGGGUUGAAUUGCUAGGAAAUAUUUGCUCUGAGCGAAGAUUCAUAGCACCAUUUCUCUAUCUUGUUAUCUGGUGCUUUUGCAUUCUAUCUUUAAUAAAUUUAUAAAGGUUUUGGCAGUAUCUUUAGAUAUCAGUGAAUAUCGAGUUUGAUAACAGUGAGAAACGAAAGAUAAGGAAAACUUUAAUGCUGUGAGAAACUUCAAUGAUUGGGUCUAAAGAAAUGUCGGAAGAAGUAGAAAAAUCAUUAUAUCGUUGUGACACUUGUGAUAAAUUAUUCUCUGAAAAAUGUAACCUAAACAUUCACAAAUGUAUACAUGCCAGAGAGAAGCCUUUUCACUGCAAUAUCUGUGGUAAAUCAUACUCGCAAAAAAUUCACCUAACGACUCACAAACGUAUUCAUACAGGAGAGAAGCCAUAUCACUGUGAUAUCUGUGGUAAAUCAUUCUCUGUAAACUGUGCCUUAACAUCUCACAGACGUAUUCAUACAGGGGAAAAACCAUAUAAUUGUGAUACCUGUGGUAAAUCAUUCUCUGUUAAAUUUUCCUUAACAGCUCACAAACGUAUUCAUACAGGAGACAAGCCAUUUCACUGCGAUAUCUGUGGUACCUCAUUCUCUGAUGGCAGUCACUUAAGUAGGCACAAACGUAUUCACACAGGAGACAAGCCAUAUCACUGUAAUAUUUGUGGCAAAUCAUUCACUCAAAUCGAUCACUUAACUAUGCACAAACGAACUCAUACAGGAGUGAAACCAUAUCACUGUGAUAUCUGUGGCAAAUUAUUCUCCGUUAGUAGUGCCUUAACAACUCACAAACGUAUUCAUACAGGAGAGAAACCAUAUCACUGUGAUGUCUGCGGUAAAUCAUUCUCUGUCAGUUGUGCCUUAACAACUCACAAACGUGUCCAUACAGGAGAGAGGCCAUUUCACUGUGAUAUGUGUGGCCAAUCAUUUGCUCAAAAAAGUCACUUAAAUAAACAUGUAUCAGUCCAUACAAAAGUGUAACACAAAAACAACCACCAAAAUUUAAAGACCAUUUUCUAUACUAAAGCAUAGAUUAUUAACCUUUGUGGGUUUUUUUUUAUGUUGAAGUUGAUUUGUUAGGCAUUUCAUCCACAAAAUCCUGGGUUGCUAUUUUUCAGGGAACAGCCUACUCCUAGGUCUACUCCUUCCUAGGAAGACGUGAGAUGAAGUGGUGAGAAAGGAUCACAGUUUGCUGUGUUUGAAAAGAUACGUCAUGCUAAGUAAAAACACUGUUGUCCUUGCAUAUAGGCUGUUCCCUGCAUCCCCCUCCAACUGAACAUUCGUAACCGUGUGGGUGCCAGUGCAGCCGUGCUGGUGCUACGUAAAUGCAGAGAAUGGAGUAGAGCAAGAACACACAUGGAAACGAAAAGUGUCACUGAAGAGGUCACAGAUGUGUGACGAAAGAUUUCCGUGCAACAGACAUAAGUUAAAAUAAUAAAAUAAAAUCUGAAGAGAGAAAAAAAUAUAGUGUGUGUGUUUAAGUGGCAAAAAAAGAAAAUUGAUCAUCCCCAGAUACAAUAUCUGCUUUAACAUGAUUUCACAUCAGGAAUCUUGCAGAACAAAUUGAUGUGUGUGUAUAUAUAUAUAUAUAUAUAUGAAUAGGUAUGUAUAUGUAUAUAUAUAUAUAUAUAUAUAUGAAUAGGUAUGUAUGUGUAUAUAUAUAUAUAUAUGAAUGUGUAUGUAUGUAUGUAUAUAUAUAUAUAUGUACACACAUAUAUAAUCGGCCUGAUGACAGUACCACCUGAUUGGCACUUGUACCAGUGGAACGUUAAAAGCACCAUCUGAGUGUGAUCGUUGCCAGGGCCGCAAAUUGGCUCCUGUGCCGGUGGCACGUAAAAAGCACCAUUUGAGCAUGAUCAUAGCCAAUGUCACCUUACUGGCACUUGAAAAACAACAUUCGAGCACGGUUGUUCCCAGUGCAUAACUGGUACUUAAUUUAUCAACCAUGAAAGGAUAAGCGCAUAUUGUAUGUGUUUGCAUGUGCAUGUAUACCUAUAUAUUUCUGCUCUUUCUCUGUGACCAUAUAUCUGCGUGAGUUUCCUUUUCCUUCUGAUAUAAGUGCAUGUGUAUAUUUGUAUACGUUCUCCUACAUCUGGACAGAAUCUUCCAUAGCCACCAACACAGACUUUCUUACUUGUAACACCUGUAUGUUCUGAAAAAGUAAUUUUCCCAAAUAAAGUGCACUUCAUAUUCAAGGCUCUGAUGAAGCUAUAGGAUGUUACCCAGGGACUCAACUAAGAAUCCACCACAUCUUAUAGCAGAAACAACUAAGCUGCUGAAGUUCAUUUCAUAA